GCGGCGGCCGCUGCAGGAAGGACCGCUUCCUGCGCUCCCCGCCCCUUCCCUCGCCAGAGCUGACGCUGACGUCGGCGCAGGGAGCUGGAGGGACGCUCGGAUCUCCGCCGGGAGGCUCCUAGGGGCCGGGGCUCCGAGGAUUAAUAUAACAUAUCACACCUUGCUUUUUCUCUGCCCCUUCUCAAAUCAAGAAUAGAAAAAGAAGCAUGUCAGGACACAAAUGCAGUUAUUCCUGGGAACUGCAGGACCGGUUUUCUCAAGAUAAGUCAGUUGUCAAUAAGAUGCAACAGAAAUACUGGGAAACGAAGCAGGCCUUUAUCAAGGCAACAGGGAAGAAGGAAGAUGAGCAUGUUGUUGCCUCUGAUGCAGACCUGGAUGCCAAGCUGGAGCUAUUCCAUUCAGUUCAGAGGACCUGUUUGGACUUGUCUAAAGCAAUUGUACUCUACCAAAAGAGAAUAUGUUUCUUGUCUCAAGAAGAGAACGAACUGGGAAAAUUUCUCCGAUCCCAAGGCUUCCAAGAUAAAACCAGAGCAGGAAAAAUGAUGCAAGCCACAGGCAAGGCCCUCUGCUUUUCCUCCCAGCAAAGGUUGGCUCUGCGGAACCCUUUGUGUCGAUUCCACCAAGAAGUGGAGACUUUUAGACAUCGGGCCAUCUCUGAUACCUGGCUGACCGUGAACCGCAUGGAGCAGUGCCGGAUUGAAUAUAGAGGGGCCUUGUUGUGGAUGAAGGAUGUGUCUCAGGAACUUGACCCAGACCUCUACAAGCAAAUGGAGAAGUUCAGGAAGGUGCAGACACAAGUACGCCUUGCAAAAAAAAACUUUGACAAAUUGAAGAUGGAUGUGUGUCAGAAGGUGGAUCUUCUUGGAGCAAGCAGAUGCAAUCUCCUAUCGCACAUGCUAGCAACGUACCAGACUACUCUGCUCCACUUUUGGGAGAAAACUUCUCACACCAUGGCAGCCAUUCAUGAAAGCUUCAAAGGUUAUCAACCGUAUGAAUUCACGACAUUAAAGAGCUUACAAGACCCUAUGAAAAAGCUAGUUGAGAAAGAAGGGAAGAAGAGCACCCCGCGGAGGGAAAGCCUGGAGGCUGCUGCACAGGAGCCUAAGCAAUUAAUUUCUUUGGAGGAUGAGAACCAGCACAAAGAAUCCUCUCCUUGUAAGGCUGAAGAAGAGAAAAGUACUCCGUCAUCUAUAGACAAAAGCCCUGUGCACGACGCAUGCUCAGGACCAAUAGAUGAACUAUUAGACAUGAAACCCGAAGAAGCUUGCCUGGGUCCCAUGGCAGGGACCCCAGAACCCGAAGGUGGGGAUAAGGAUGACCUCCUGCUGUUGAAUGAGAUCUUCAGCGCCUCCAGCCUGGAUGAAGAAGAGUUCAGCAGAGAGUGGGCUGCCGUGUUUGGAGAUGACCGUCUGAAGGAGCCAGCCCCCGUGGGGGCCCAGGGAGAACCAGACGCCAAGCCCCAGAUCAGUUCUGGAUUCCUUCCUUCGCAGCUUUUAGACCAAAACAUGAAAGAUCUACAAGCCUCUCUCCAAGGCUGGUCAGAGAGCAGAGACAGUCCUCAUGCAUGGUCAUGGCCAGCACCAAAGACAAGCAAUGCAAAUGACAUCAGCUCUGCACUGAAAGCCGGGACCUGGGGAUCUGCGGAUUGCCUUAAAGUGCAAUCACCUGCCUUAGCUUCUAACUGCAAGGCUGUGAUCACUCUCUGCGGACCUUCUCAGACCUUUGCGAGAGGUUAGGAGGAAGGGGAAGUAAGUGUGUAGCAUAUUUUCACUGGCGCUAUCUUUAUAUCCUCUAUCAGGAAUUGAGAUAAACUAAUCUAACUACAUCAGUCUUGCCCCAUACAGUAUCCUCAUCUGACCUCCAACAUGCUGACUUGAGAUUCUCUUCAGUCCAGGGGUUGCCAGGGCUAACCACAUAGAAUGUGAUCAAGGUUACCUGUAGCAACCACCUAUUCAGAGAACUAUUCUGGCUACUAGGCUUGCCAUUACUAGCUAUUCCUGUGCAUCUCAAAUCUUAUGUCAUAAUUAGGAUAUACAUCAAUUCAGUCCUAACAAAGUAAUGAACCUAUUGGGUACUCUGAUUAGAAAUGGGGAGAUGACCCUAAGGUAUAAAGUUACUUCAUUUAACUCUCUUAACAGUUCAGUGUCCUUUUGAAGAAUCAAAGAUGCUUUGUGUGCCUCUGAUCCCAUCCUACGCCUUCACCCUCUGCAGCCAGCUGGCAAGCACAUUGCCAGCUGCUCCCUGCUGGAAGGGCACCCUAUUAGAGAGACAUGUAUUCAUGCUUCUGACACCUCCACCUGUGGCCGGGGUGGGGAAGCAUGGACUACGGAGCCAGUGAAGUAGGUGCUCACAUGGGAUGAUUUAUGUGAGAGGGUCGCAGCCUGUUUCUAAAUCGCUUGCAUGAAACACUCUUUUGAAAAUUCUCUCCUCAUCUGGAAGACACUUCGGCUGUCUGACCAUGGUAUUUGGAAAGGUAGGGUGGCUGCUUUGGUGAAACGGCAGUAGAGUGAGGGGCUCCAGUGAGGCCAGAUGAAGGAAUUUCAAGCCUGCCAAGGGAAGGGAAGGUACUUCAAGGGCCCCUUUGCCUUUGACAGGAAAAGGUGAAAGGGGCAAUGGCCAUAAUGGCAGAGUGACUUGGCAUGGGUAUGACCUCCUCUGGGCCUGUGCCUUUGAAGGGUGAAAAGAGAAACAGCAGAUUGUUCCUGACCCAAGGGACUUGAAGGGAUCCCUCCAGCAGACACCGGAAAGUACCUUGCUUCUUCAGCCAUUCAGUGUGAUUUCUGAAAUAGCCAUGCUGUUUCCUGGUUGAGGCAGAAAGACGUGUGUGUGGGGUUUUAAGCAGUUCUGUGAACUGAAGCAGGAGGUAUGGCUACAGGUGAUGCUUAGUGAAUUUAGAGAGAACACAGCACCCUCCUUCUUCAUGAACCCUCAAGAGAGUCAGCCAGUCAGGGGACAUGGAAUUCCUGAACGGUCACGGGAUGCCUGAGCCCAGCAUGGCAGAGGUGAUCCUCGAGAAGGUGGUUUUAUUCACGCUUCUUCUUCUUUCCUCAGAGCCUGCCAAGGCUUCCUCGGACCUGACUGCCUGGUUCAGCCUCUUUGCUGACCUCGACCCCUUAUCAAAUCCUGAUGCUGUUGGGAAAACCGAUAAAGAACACGAAUUGCUCAAUGCAUGAGUAUGAGUAUGCAGCCUUC